CGUCGGUGUGAGGCUGCAGAGAGAGGACUAGCUGGGGGAGAAAUACUUUGCUCCUUUACUGCAGUGCCCCCUCUUCCCCAAUCCAAGUGUGGUUUCGAGAAACUGGCUGUGGCUGGCAGGAGUUUGCACUUGUCACCAUUCACUGACAUCAUGGAGAAUUGUUAUUGAGGACAGAUCCAUUUGAUGGGAUGUAAUUAAAAAAAAAAUGAAUCAAGAUAAAACCUCUAAAUGCAAGUACCAGAAAAAUUACAACACAUCUCAGUGAUUUUACAAGUGGAUCAUCUUCCCUUGUGGGUUGGCAGGCAGUUAUAGGACUGCAAAACGGGUCUCCGGAUUCACUUUGUUGUUGACCCACAUGGUUGGUGCUGCAUGGGUUUGAUUGUCUUUGUCUGGUUAUACAAUAUUGUUUUAAUUCCAAAAAUUGUCCUCUUUCCUCACUAUGAAGAAGGACAUAUUCCAGGCAUAUUAAUAAUAAUAUUCUAUGGCAUUGCCAUAUUUUGUCUGAUUGCCUUAGUGAGGUCCUCAAUAACUGAUCCAGGAAGACUCCCUGAGAACCCUAAGAUCCCACAUGGAGAAAGGGAGUUCUGGGAAUUAUGUAACAAGUGUAAUUUGAUGCGACCAAAGGGUUCCCAUCACUGUAGCCGUUGCGGCCAUUGUGUUAGGAGAAUGGAUCAUCACUGUCCAUGGAUUAACAGUUGUGUUGGUGAAGAUAAUCAUUGGCUUUUUCUGCAGUUGUGUUUCUACACUGAACUUCUUACUUCCUACGCACUGAUGUUUUCUUUCUGCCACUAUUAUUACUUUCUUCUGCUAAAACGUAACUUGGACCUCUUUGUCAUUAGACAUGAGUUGGCCAUUAUGAGACUAGCUGCUUUUAUGGGUAUUACUAUGUUAGUUGGAAUAACUGGAUUCUUUUAUACUCAACUAAUUGGCAUCAUCACAGAUACAACAUCUGUUGAAAAGAUGUCAAACUGCUGUGAAGAAAUAUCCAGACCCCGAAAGCCAUGGCAGCAGACCUUCUCAGAAGUUUUUGGCACUCGUUGGAAGAUCCUGUGGUUCAUUCCUUUCAGGCACAGGCAACCACUGCGAGUUCCCUACCACUUUGCCAAGCACGUCUAAACAGAUGGAUGGUGGGCACAGAUGGGUCCUCCAUGCUGGAAAUGCGUUACAGGUUUUAUGAUAAUAGAACUAUGACAGUCUUCAAGUCAAUUAAAAUCGACCCACCAAUCUUAGGCAUCAUAAUGUGCCCCUGGCUUUAUUUUAAUAGUGAUCUUGAUCCUGUUGUGGGACUAAUACAAGAUCUAUAUUUAAGUUUUAAAGCAUGUUUACUUUCAAAUUAGCUUUCCACAGGGAUUUCUUUAAAUGCUUUUGUUACUCAACUCAAAAGGCAGUGAUUGGAAUGAAAUGAUUGUACAUAAUUUCUUUUAGUACUAUUAAUGUUACAGAUUUUAAUUUAUGGGAAAUUUCAGGUGUUUAUUUAAAUUUUUCACUUUUAAUCAGCCCUCACCAAAUCUGGAUUUAUUCUUCAGGUUUUACAAAAGUUGAUGCACCUUCUUAUAUUAUAUGUAAAUUUUCCUCUUCUAAUACAAUUUAAGUACUUAAUACUUCCUUUUAUACGUGCUGCAAGAUUUUUAAAAUGCAGCAUAUGAGUUAACAACCAAAAACGGGCAGUGUUUUCUUUGAAGUGGCUAAUAUUUUCUCCUUUCUCUCUUUGUGGAAAAUAAAAUUAAAAUAACACUAAAAUAAAACACCACCUACCUACCUUAUUUUAAAGGAAAGAUUUAAAAAAAUUUUAGCAUUAACUUUCCCAUUAUUUUUCCUUUUUAUUAUCAUUAUUGGUUGUUGUUAAAAUAUUUGCUCCAAGGAGAAGUUUGUGACCCGUGGACUUGUUUUCCUGUUUUACCCUA